UUUAUGUAUAACUUAUAGUGUGGCCCUACCCAUCGGUGGAUUCAACCAACAGCAUUUGCUUAGUAUUGUUAUAUUUACUAUUGAAAGAAAUCCCCGCAUAAGUGGACCUGCACAGUUCAAACCCAUGUUGUUCAAGGGUCAACUGUGGUUGGCUCCAUUAGCCAACUAAUGAGUAAUGUCCUCAGAAAUUAACCAUUGAGAGAGGCAAAGAAAAAGAAUGGGAUUAAUGAAGAAUUCAUACAUUAAAGCAUAUUGGUGUUUUAAUCCAUGGCAUUUCCUCUUGGCACUAAAGUUGUCUCAUCUUUGGCUAGUGGGAGUCCCUUUGUGCUGGCUCCUGGAUCCUUUCGAUUUGGUCAUAGUGGUCGUCAACAGCUACCCUGCUUUCUGUGUGUAAAGAUGUCCGAGGCCAGUGGUUCUGAGUGUGAUCUGAGGAUGCCUAAGGGUUCUCACGACCCAGUGAAGGGGGUCUGUGAAGCCAAGACAAUUUUCAUUGUAGUACUAAGACGUUAUUUACCUCUUUUACUCUUGCUUUCUUAUGUGUUUAGUGGCAUUUUCAAGAGGCUACAUACUGGCUCUUGGAAUGUGUGUAUAUACUCUGAAGUGUUCUAAAAUUUCCUAAGGUAAGCGCUUUGGAGUCUUCAGUAAUCUCUAAAAAUGUAAAGGGGUCCUAAGACCAAAAUACUUGAACUUCUGCGCUAGGCUCCUCUUUUAGCAUUUCUUGCCACGUACAUGGAACACUCAUGACCUUGUAAAUCAGCUCCCCUUUUUUGUCAACUUUGUGUGUGAGUGAUCCACUCCAAUUCCAAAGCGAAUAAAUAACACAGUCGGAGUUUAAGCCUGAAUGUUUAUGCAGUAGUUUUUUUUCCCCAUAAAACAAUCACUGCUGUCCAAAAUGUAUGAUUAAUUAAAGCUUAAAUGCUAUAAACACUGCCCCAAAUGCCAGACAUGUAUACUUUAGGGGCCACCAAGCAAAAUUAGCAGUUCUUUUUCUCCAGUGGAAUGGCCCUCAAAAAGGAAAAACAGAUGUCAAGGCAGGAUGAGUGGUUGCUAUAGCUCCAUGCUAUGAUGAAAAAUGGUGCACUGAAUAUAUUGCUUUUCUGGUCACAGUAGGGAAAUUCAUAAUGCAGUAGUAACUCAUUAGCCUAUUAACUCUUGAAGAUUUCAGUCAUCUGGAGACAAGCCUGCUUGGCCUGUGGAUUUCAGUAAUGGCUCAUCAUUUCCCACUCAUUUCUGAACCCAGCAUCUGAUUGAUUGCUUGACCAUGUAGCUUAGAAAUACUUUUUUUUUUUUUUUUUUUCCACUUUGUAUUUAGUUGAAAGCAUCCUGCAGUUUUCAAAGCUGAACAGUGGUGCCUUAAGCUUAGGGCUCUAAUUUUUCAUCGCUGAAUAGGGUGCGAUCUCUAAAAGAUGGCUACUUAAAAACAUUGGAUUUUACAGUCCUGGGUCCCUGGAGGAAUCUACUUUGUCUCAUUCUAUUGAGCUGAACUCAGUAACUUGUCCUUUGUUUACCAUUCCCAGUAACUGCGGCCUCUCCUGGAUAAUAAAUAAUGUUGACUCUUAUUUCCCAGGCACACGGGAGAGUUCCCAUCAUAAGAAAAGGAAGUAUGCCUUCAAAACAGCUUUCUGAAGUUGUGUGUGUGUACAGGAGAGGAGCAGCCUUACGUAAUGUCCUUGAGUAUUUACCAAAGUAAGAAGCACCUGACAGCCUCAGGUGGAAAAAUGUCAUCGUAGAGAAAGCUUGGAUCAGCACUCAGAUCACCAUUCAGGAGCUUCAUGAUUACUUUGUGCUUCAAGGGGGGCGUGAGGCAAAGCAUUUGUCCAGAGCUUCAGGGCUCUUGGUAAACUAGAGAUUUCUUUGUUGGAAAGUAGAUUUGGGAUACUAAGUAAGUUUUUGUCUUUAUGAGCAAACUCAUUUUCCACUUGGAGCCUUGUUAUUUUUCUCAGCAUUAAAUGUGUCAUAGUGCAGCGAUUUCAAUAUCUGCUUUAGGUGACAUGUUGCAUUUAGAUUCAUGACUUGGAAAGCCAGGUGCCUGGGCUUUUCUAGCAAAUCAUCUCAUUGACACCACUGAAGAUAGUUUUAGAAUACAUGCAAGUCAGAGUGUGAAGUAGAAAGGUAGUAUUUCGAGGGGAUGGGCACUGCCAUGGGUCUUAUCAAAAUUUUAUUUUCUUUCUUAUUUGUCUUUUCGACCAAAUUGCCCCCCCCAAAAUUUUUUAAGUUUCAUGUCAAAUUCAGGAACAGACCCAUCUCUAUAUGGAGACCAUUUGGUGUAUGACAAAGCAAGCCUUGAACUUAUGGCUGGGGAAUGUCAGGAAUUUGGGGUUCUGGUGUCACUGAGGAACAUGGCCCCGCCUUACCGCAGUUUGAUUUCCUGUUUAGAAAGUUCCAUUCCUUCAUAAGGACCUUGAGGUACUAGGAGGAAAGAUGCUGUGUGUGUGGAGUUUUCCAUAAAGUGUGGUCCGAACUAAAAUGCCGGUUAAAGAGAACUCACUGCGUGCCCUGCUUGCUUGGUCGACAAUGAGUGCCAAAUCUGCCAUCAGCAAGGAAAUUUUUGCACCUCUUGAUGAAAGGAUGCUGGGAGCUGUCCAAGUCAAGAGAAGGACAAAGAAAAAGAUUCCUUUCUUGGCAACUGGGGGCCAAGGCGAAUAUUUAACUUACAUCUGCCUGUCAGUGACAAACAAGAAACCCACGCAGGCAUCCAUCACGAAGGUCAAACAGUUUGAAGGCUCCACGUCGUUUGUACGGAGAUCACAGUGGAUGCUUGAGCAGCUUCGCCAGGUUAAUGGCAUCGAUCCUAAUCGGGAUUCUGCCGAGUUUGAUUUGUUGUUUGAAAAUGCUUUUGACCAGUGGGUAGCCAGCACAGCCUCGGAAAAAUGCACCUUCUUCCAGAUCCUCCACCACACCUGCCAGCGCUACCUCACAGACAGGAAGCCGGAGUUUAUCAACUGCCAGUCCAAAAUCAUGGGAGGAAACAGCAUCCUCCAUUCAGCAGCUGAUAGCGUGACCAGCGCAGUACAGAAAGCGAGCCAGGCCUUGAACGAGCGCGGGGAGCGGUUGGGCCGUGCAGAGGAGAAGACAGAAGACAUGAAGAACAGCGCCCAGCAGUUUGCAGAAACUGCACACAAGCUUGCCAUGAAGCACAAAUGUUGAGAAACUGCCUCUCCUGGUGACCUCUUAAGAGAAGUUGAAGUUUGUUCAGCAGUUUUUACAAGAAUUUCAGACCUCCGCUUGCUUUUUUUUUUUUUUCCAAAAUAUGGACAUUUAGGUUUUUUUUCCUUUUCAGAUGUUAAUAUGAAAGAAAAAAUAUUGUGUUUAUACAUUUCCUUCAUAAUCCUGCUAAGAAAUGCUGCAUAGCAUCAACUUCAUUUUUUUCCAUUGUCUGUGUGUGUGUGUGUGUUUUAUUUUAGGUUUGGUUUUUUUUUUUUUUUUUUUGGUAGUUUGAAUAUGAAAUUCGGACCAAAUGAUUUACUGAGCUAUGUAUAAACUGGCAACAUGUAUUUUUUCCCCUGAUAUUAAGCAGGAAGACAUUUUAAUGUGGUGACAUCAGAUGUUAUUGUUCCUGGUUGGAAAUAAAAGUCAAGCAGUGAUUGGUUUCACUCAGUCUCCUAGCUGCUCUUAAUCUGAAGGUUAAGAUUCUAUAUCCUGAGACAUAAAUCUGUAUUAUCAAGGGAAACAGCAGUCUUGGAUUUUGCUUUUUAUGCAGUGAUCGUUUGCAUGAGCCAUCACCAGCAUUCAAAUAAACAAAUGUGAAUCACAGAUAGAAAUCUACGUUCUGAACUACAGUUUAAAUACUCCCACUACCUAUUUCCAGGCUGAUUAUUUAGAAUAAUCAUAUGAAGGGUAAUAAAUUGAGAUUAAAGGCCUAUUUAAAAACCUUUGUGCAUUCACAAAUGUUUGUCAUUGCCCCCAAAUUAUGGUAGCUGGUCUUGAAAAGUGCUUGGAUUUUUAUCAAGAAUUGAUUUGUUCAGAUAAGGUCUGUAUAAAUGAUAAUGUGAAAAGAUACCACACAUCUAAAAUCUUUUUCCUUUUAUUUUUACAAAGCCAUGCCUGUUUUAUUAGAGACACCCUCAUGAUGUCCUUGGGAAAUGGCCUUCAGUUUCUUGGUAUCUGAUUCUUGGAGGUUUUGAUGCUGUUAUUGCUAUUUAUUUAAUGUAAUUUAAAGUGUGAGUUUCUUGACAAACUGCAUUUCAUGGCAAUUGAAACUUGCCUGUUCUGACAUAAAAGAGCACAGUCAAUGAAACCUUUACAUUGCAGUCAGAUUGAAUGAAAUUGCUUUACACACCUCCUGAUUUUGUAUUACUCGGCACAGGCCUGUAUAUUCAGUCUAGGAGUCUGGUUUCUUAGAGGGUUAAUAUGCUAAAUAUAAAAGCUAUGCUUUGUCUUCCUGAAACCAGGAGGCAAGCCUGACAUCCCAGAUACAUUCUCAGCCUCCCGCUGUGAUGCAUUGAUUUUUAAGCUGCCUGAAUCUUUAGGACCCCUUUAAUUCCGUCCCGCCCAUUGAGCCUAUUACAUAGCAGCCUAUGAUGACUCUGGGAUUAUUUAUGCUGAUUUAAAUAGCUUAAAUUCUCCUGAUAAAGCAUUCCCAAGGAUAAGGAAAAUUAGACUGUUGGGGAGUGAAAAAAAUGAUCUUAGUCUGUACAUGUCAAAGGGAGAUGGGAUUUGCCAUAGAUAAAUUUCUAAAUCCUCUUAGAGAGAUGAUCCAUUUCAAGAAAACUAUAAAGUUUAUAAGGUAAACUAUGUAAGUUUAUUAGAAUACUUGCACUUUUCUUUCAGUUCUUUAAAAGUUUAAAGAAGCAAGGGACUUGAUAGCUGGUGAGUACCAUCAGAAGCAUUUAUUUAUAAUUUCCAAGAAAAGCUGAAAAUAUCACACCAAGUAGGUUCAGAAAAUGUGCACGCACACACACAGAGAUAUUCAUCUUCCCAAAUUGGAUUCUAGUUUCAGAGAUAGAUAUUUGGUAUAAAUAAUUAAAAGGGUAAAUCUAAAACCCCCCUGACAAUCAGCCAAACUCAAAAAUAAAAUUUGUUGCCAACUAUAUAACAACAGUGUUUGUGAAGCUGCUUCUAAAGUAGCAAAGGGUAGGGUCAUAAGCAUACUGUGAAAUUUGAGAUUUUUCCUCCCUGGUAGAAUUGUGAUAGUUACUCUUCAUAUAUUAAGUAUUCCACAUCUUGCCCUCUUUGCUCACUCCCUGUUUAUCCUUUUAGACUUAGGUCUUUUUAGAAAGAGCCUGGAUUAGAAGAAAGCCUAUCUGCAUAUUUAUUAGCUUCCUCUAUUGUUCUGGUCCAGGCUAUGGUCAUGCCUUUGACCUCCCUGUGACCCAGUCCCACCUAGGCCUCUACCCAGCAGAGAAACCAAACAGCAACCCCAGUUCCUCCAGACUUCUUACAGAGGCGUGAGCCCUGUGCUGACACACGUGAGGUUCUCUGCUAUCUUUUGUAGAUGUCACAAUACAAAAUAUUACUGCAAUCUAACCUAGAGAAAAUUGCUGAAAUGACUCACAUUAUUUGGGACCAAUUCAUUUGGGACCAAUUCAGUGGCUUGCUUAAAAACAUUUAAUUUCACUUUGUUUCACUUCCACACUUCACUCUUGAGCUUUGGAAAGACUAUUUCUGUGAAGGAUCUCUUAUGUUGUAUUGACAAUUCAUAAGGAAAAGAGACUUCCCAGUGUUCUCACUUCUUCCUGAACUGUAGCUGUAGUAUUCUUCACUAGUACUAUUAGAUACCUGUGUACAGGAAGUAGACAGUGAUUCGGGUUAACAUUUCAUAUUAAAGAAUGUAUUUGUAAAAUGUAACAAGAUGAGUAGUUAACUUUUUUUAAGCUCUGAAAAAAUUAAAGAUUAUGUGUUAGAUUUAAAAUUACAGUGAAAUGUCUUAAUACUACUUUUGUGGCUAACAAAGGUUGUGCAUUUAUGUAAAAAUAUUUACAGAAUGCCCUCAAUAAAGGAUACUAAAGAGAGAUUUUGCUUUUAAUCUUUAGAACUGUAACAAUGCUGAUGUUGUUAUACAGUUAUUAAUUCUUCAGAAGUUCUCUAAGAUAUCAAAUAUAAUUUUUCUUCCUUUCAGAGACAAGUAACACCUGCUCUGUGAUUCACUAUUACAGCAAACUCUAAUUUUGUCAUUAAAUAUUUUAACUCUGUGAUGAAA